GAUGCCGGUAAUUGGAAGAAAUGCAGGAAAAAGGAAAGGUAGCGACGGGAAAGAUGGAGGCAAAGCGAUGGUCUUCCUUUAUACUACUAGUUGUAGUUGUUUUGGGCAUGUGGGAGGUGAAUAAAGCUGAUCCAGCACUUAGUGCUGCUCAAUGCAAGGAGGAGAGGAGGCUUGGGCUUAAUGCCUGCAAGCCAGUUAUUUAUGGCAAGCUUCCAUCACCAGCUUGCUGUGAGCGUGUAAGGGUUAGCCAUGUUGAAUGUGUCUGCCCCGUUAUCACACCAAAGCUGGCAGCUCUAAUUGACCUCGAUCGAGCCAUUCGGCUGGUUGAAGGUUGUGGUAGAAGGGUUCCUCGUCACUUCAAGUGUGGGAGUAUCACCACUCCAUGAAUUGAAGAUUUAAAUUUCUAACUAGUUCAAUCCGGUCCUUUGUUCUUCUCUGUGACUGCAAAGGAUUUAUAUACAGCCUAUAUGGCUAGAAUGAAUAAAAGAUUUUGAAUACUCUAUUAUCCAAAUCCAUUUCGCUCUUUGGUUACUAGAGAUUGAACUUCAUUAGUUUGCUGCAGGGUAAGAACGGGCAAAUCUGUCUGUUCUUUUUUAUCUUACUACUAAAUAAGGUGUCUUGGCACUUAUAAAUUAUAAUUCCACUGUUAUCUUCUCUUUUUCUAUGACA